AAAACCCUCUCUAAUGGCGGCCAUGAAUUUGAAUUUACCAAUCAUCACACCAGUUUACAUUGAUGGUUCAAAAUUAAGAUCAUUAAUUUCAUACCCAUCUCUUCUAAAACAUCUCCAAACAACUCUUCCUGCGAUUUCAACAAAAAUGGAAUCACCAAUUCGACAUAAUCAUUCAGUGAAUCAAUCAUCAUCGUUGUUGUUGAUGCCAUCAUGGUCACAAUCAGAUUCAUUUCAAUAUAUUGGUGUCAAAAUCGUCACAACAUUUCCUGAAAAUUCAUCAAGGAAUUUGCCUGGUGUUCAUGCUAGUUAUCUCCUCUUUGAUUCAUUAACAGGUAAACCUCUGUCAAUAAUGGAUGGUUCUGAAUUGACUCAUUGGAGGACUUCUUGUGUAUCUGCUUUAGCUUCAAAGUAUUUAUCAAGAAAUGAUGUUGAGGUGUUAGUGAUGAUUGGUGCUGGUUCAUUAGCUGAGUAUUUGAUUAAGGCACAUCUUUGUGUUAGGCCAAGUUUGAAGAGAGUGAUUAUCUGGAAUCGAAAUGGUGAAAAGGCGGUUAAUUUGGUUAAGAAAUUGCAGGAGGAAGGGAUUUCUAAUGUGGGUUUUGAAUAUGGAGAGUGUGUGGAGGAGAUUGUUAAGGUUGGUGAUGUUAUAAGUUGUGCGACGAGUUCAGGGAAACCGAUUGUGAAAGGUGUGGAGUUGAAAGAAGGUGUUCAUUUGGAUUUGGUUGGUUCUUUUACUCCAUUGAUGAGGGAAUGUGAUGAUGAAGCUAUUAAGAGAGGGAAAGUUUUUGUUGAUAAUGAAGCGGCUUUGGUUGAAGCUGGGGAAUUGGUUGGUGCUUUUAGCAGAGGAGUGAUUGCGAAAGAAGAGAUUUGUGGGAGUUUGGUUGAUUUGGUUACCGGGAAGAAGAAUGGGAGGAAUGGAGAUAAGGAGAUUACUGUGUUCAAGUCUGUUGGUUCUGCUGUUGUUGAUAUUGUAAGUGCUCAGUUUGUUUAUGAAACUUACUUGGAGAAGAACAAUAUCUGAAGAAUGAUCUCUUUAAGCUGUUCUUUGCAAUCAUGGCAGAAUCUGUACUGUCAUAUCACUGCUGCCUUCUAAAGUAAUAAAAAUCUUUGUGUUUUUGGAUAUUUAACAAUCGAAUUUGCUUCA